AUGACUCCUCUUUUAGACGCAUUUGGAAAGCCUGGUACUGGAGUUACUCAGGGAAACUUGGUAAUGGUCGGUAACUACGACAUGUGUCCCUCGAUAACAGAUACGAACAAGAACCAAUACAAACACUGUUACAUCGGGGCACCAACACGGAUAUCCCCACUCCUACGAGUAGAUUGGAGUGGGUGUUUGCCCGUAGAGUGUGUUCCCGACCAUGACGAGCUAGAUACGUGGAUUAAAAACAUCCUCCCAGAAUCUGCCGUCAAUAUUCUUAACUCCUCCCUGAAGUUGGAGAAUGAACAUAUUUAUUGUACGAAGGAGAUUGUGUAUGAUACUGGAGCUUACAUAGGGACUGUUUACCUGGCAAUUAUAGCACUCUUAGUUCUGUCAGGAACACUACUGUUCUCCUUACAACCAGCAGUGGACAGUUUAAGCAAGUCACCAACCCAGGAGACCACACUGAACAAGAUACUGAAAUGUUUUGCUCUCCAAAUCUCAUUCAAGGCUCUUACAAAAACCACUACUAAACCUGGCCAAAUCCUCUGUCUGAACGGUAUCCGAGUCCUCAGUAUCAACUGGGUGGUCUUGGGGCACUGCUAUUUGGUGUUUGUUACUCUAGCCUCUGACAAGAGUUACAUUGUUAACACGCUCCUACUGAGACGAAACAAUCCACUGAUUUUCAACGCAUACCCUUCAGUGGACACCUUUUUUACGCUUAGUGGUUUCUUGGUGGCGUAUUUGUUGCUGAAACAGUUGGCUAAAGGUGGCACUUCUGUGAUGCAUUGGUUUGCGUACUACUUUCAUCGUUAUGUAAGGUUGACACCUCCGUAUCUUCUGGUGAUACUGGUCGAGUGGGUUAAAGGACCCUUCAGUUUUGGAAUGGACACAUUCCACGAACCUUGUAAAGAAUACUGGUGGGCCAACUUGCUGUAUAUCAAUAACCUGGUGCCGUGGAAGGGAGAUAAGAUCUGCAACAGUGAAUCUUGGUAUCUUUCUAACGAUAUGCAGUUCUAUAUUGUGGCUCCUAUUUUUAUCUUCCUGCUCUUUUGGAGACCUUUACUUGGUUUAUUUUGGAGUCUCUUAGCAAUGAGUGUGAGUGUGGUUAUAGCUGGUGUGAUUACUUACAACUAUAAACUUGGACCUGCUGGAUAUGCUAGCUUAAACCGUGAAGACUGGUGGCUGCUCUACAUCAAACCUUGGAUCAGAAUCACGCCCUAUAUUAUCGGUAUUCUUGGAGGAUGGAUCUACUGGAAGUAUGGCAAAGCGCUGAAACAACGCGUUCAACUUAUGCCCGAGUGGAAAAAGAUUUCAGUUGCUGUUCCCUGUUGGACAAUUACAGGUGUUACUCAAUGGGCAGUUGUGUUUGGACUCUACAAUGAUAUAAAGAUGGUCAAUUUAGAGCAAAAGGCGCCAAGUAUGGUUGGCAGCGUGUCCUACCAAACAUUCGCCCGAAUUGCCUGGGCCUUGGCUAUGAUGGUGCAAAUAUAUUUAUGUCAGAGUGGUUUGGGAGGAUUUAUAAACUCCCUCCUAAGCUGGAAAGGCUGGCUGGUUUUCUCAAGACUUACUUACGGGGUUUACUUACUUCAUAUUGGUUUGAUGUCAAUAAUGCUGGCUCAGAGUAGGCACUCAUUUUACAUACACCCUGACUACGAGAUGGGUGUCCGUUACCUGGGGGUACUAGUGGUGUCCUACUUAGCAGCUGCUGUGGUGUACGUGUGUUUGGAGCAGCCGUUAGCCUCGUUAGAAGCACUCACCUACAGGAAACCUCAAACUACCACCACCAGAUCUGACGUAGACUUAGAGGCAGACAAGGCACUUACUUUCAUUAAUAAGCACACAGAUUAGGGAAGGCAUCAGCGGGAGCAGAAAUAAUUUAUAGCAGACAAUUGGAAUAGAGCACCGAUUGAGACAUUUGUUGUAAGCGAAAAAUUAGUCACUAUAAGUAUAAUAGUGCACCGAUUUAGAAUCGGCAUUUCCCGAUAUCUGGAUUCUGGAGCAAUAUCUCCAAUUAAUGGGAAUCCCACAAACAGUUAUAUGGCUAUGAAAAUUUUUCUAGUCAAAUCCUAGGGCCGGGGGUGGCAGUUAAAUCACAUUGCUUUUGCUUCACUAUUGCUAAAUAAUGUUGAAUAGUGCUGUCGCGGACGAAAACGCUGAUACAAGUUCCGCAUGA